AUGGGCAUUGCACAGAUAGAUUAUAACGAGAAGGAAAUUCUCGGAGUCCUGGAACCUUUUACCGCGAAACCGGGGAAUUUUGAGGCAGAUGAACAAUUAGCCGCCAUGGCCAUUGUUAAAAAUAAACUCGUGAAAUUGGGUAGAAGCGACCGAGAAUGUGAUAUUGUACUGAAUCAAGCAUCGGUGUCGAGCGUUCAUUGCGUUUUUUGGGCUAUAAGAUUCGACGAUGACAGCGUUCCGCUAUACUAUGUCAAGGAUUGUUCCUUGAACGGAACUCAGCUCAACGGAAUGUCGAUGAAACGAGGCCAAACGUGUUUGUUAGAAGAUGGAGACACUAUCACGGUGCCCAAUGUAGCAGUGUAUCGUUUCGUGGCCCGUAUAAGACAAACAACACACGAUCUUGUGGAACAGUUGGGAUUUCGAGCAGAUAUCGAAAAUUGGCACAUUACAUCCAAAAUUGUUGGCAGCGGUACUUUUGGUCACGUCUUGGUUGCCAACAACCGGAACCCCAUAAAUGUCACCCAUCAAAGCACAAAUUACGCCGUCAAAGUGAUCAAAAUAAAGCCUAACAGGUUGGAUGAAGAGGCCAAAAUUUUACUCAAGCUCUCACAUCCCAAUAUUAUCAGAGUCUACAAGACAUUUGCGGAUGCAGGUGGGAAUUUGUACAUUUUCCAGGAUUUGAUUACUGGUGGUGAUCUUUUUUCGUACCUGGCCACAUCGGACUGCUUGUCUUCUGUCCCAGAAACCGAAGCCUUGCUCAUAGUGUACCAGAUCCUGCAGGCAUUACGAUACUUGCAUUCCCAAGGAAUAGUGCACCGCGAUUUGAAACUCGAUAACAUUCUUCUCUGUACCCCAGAACCCUGUUCCCGAAUCGUCCUUGCAGACUUUGGAAUAGCUAAAAACCUAUCGUCUUCACGCUCUAGGAUGCAUACGGUAGUGGGUACACCAGAAUAUUGCGCCCCUGAAGUUGGUUUCAAAGCUGAUAGAACAGCUUACAAGCGCUUUUCGCGGGCAGCAAGCUUCGAACAGCACGGAUAUGACGCCAAAUGCGAUCUAUGGUCUCUGGGGGUCAUCGCGCACAUACUUUUAACGGGCAUCUCGCCGUUCUAUGGUGACGGCUCGGAAGCUAGUGUUAUACACAACGCUAAGAUGGGUAACCUCAACUUCACAUCUAGUCAGUGGAGUAUAGUCUCCAAUCGCGCCAAGAACUUCGUUCGUCGGCUACUUGAAAUUGACGUCCACAGGCGUUUCGACAGUAGCUCAGCUUUUGAACAUUCCUGGAUUGCAAGGCAUAAAGGGCAGCUUGAAAAGAUUUAUCAGAAAAGAAUUGUACAGGAUGUCGAUAUCACAUUCAAUGUUGAAGACAUAGAUCAGAAACGGAAGAUGUCUGACACUGCCAGCAUUUGUUCUGCUUAUGAAACCAGGAAUAAAAUGGCUAGAGUUCAGCAAUGA